AUGCCGCAGGGGAAGGACCCCUGGGCCAAGACGACCGUGCGGGAGAGCAGCAACGAAUGGUACGAGACCCCCGUGCAGGUCGCUCAGACGUUUGUGGACUGCGGUAUCUACGCGAUCCCGGGGGUCGUGGGAGGGAUCGCCAUCGUUGACAGCAUGGUUGCCGACCCCGAGAACGAGCCGGAAGGGGUGCCUCACUACUACGGCAUGCAGACCAACUACGUGUAA